AUAGCUUUGCCUAGCUUAUAUGUGAGAUAUCGCGUUGGGCCCGUUGGGGUGGUCAAACCACCGGAAAAAGCAAUAGAUAGUUGUGCACACUCUUGCCCGAAUUUUCUCAAAUUUUAAGAGGAUUUUAAAUGUGUUCGGAUCAGUAACGCGGCAGCCACGCACAAGUGUGUCGACAAAUAAACAAAAAACAGCAAGAAUGGCUUGUUGGUCGGUCUGGUUAUUAUUUGUCUUGCUGUUCGGCACACUAUUUCUCACGGAUGGCGUUGAACUAACCUUCGAAUUGGCUGACAAUGCCAAAGAGUGUUUUUACCAGGAAAUCGGCAAGAACGUUUCGUCUACAUUGGAGUUUCAGGUGGUUACAGGUGGCCAAUAUGAUGUAGAUGUAACUUUAGAAGCUCCAAAUAAAGAGAUUAUCUAUAGCCAAGUAAAAACACAAUUUGAUUCACACUCCUUUAUACCAACUAUGUCGGGAGUAUACAAAGCUUGCUUCAGUAAUGAGUUCUCUACAUACUCCCACAAGCUUGUAUACAUGGAUUUUCAAGUUGGUGAUGAAUUGCCUCUUCCUGGUCUUGGAGAACACGUUACAGUUAUGACUCAGAUGGAGUCUUCCGCACAGGAGGUGCACAAGAAUCUAAUCAGUAUCUUGGACUACCAGACGCAUCAUCGUCUGCGUGAAGCUCAGGGUCGCAAACGCGCAGAGGAACUCAACGAGCGAGUGCUUUGGUGGUCAGUAAUGGAAACUGUCUGCAUUUUGCUCAUUGCUGUAGGACAGGUUUUUAUCCUAAAGAACUUCUUUACGGAUCGAAGUCCCUCCCAAAGUUAUUAGUGUGAUAGCGAAGUAACAUAAACUUGUUUGCGCUCAAGGUUUACAUGAUUACCGGUCAUAUCGUCUUUACGAUGAUUUUUUUCAUUACUGGUCAAAGUGCCAUUGUAAUGUUCACUGCUAAUGUUUUGUUCCGGCGAAACUCAGUCGCAAACUCGUCUUCUCGAUAAUUGAGACAGAAUUCCGUUGAGGAGAUUCCGCGAUUAGAAUCCAAAGAGCCGGUAAGAAGCGCAAAGUGAUCCGAAUUCUCACACGCGUUACAAACACGUGUAUCAUACGUUAAUAUUAAUUUAUACCGAAAUUCGAACACGGGUGCUGAGAUGCAACAUGGAGCAAUCAGAAGGAUGAAUGUAAGCGAUAAAACUUUCCUUUUCAAUGGAUACUCUCAAGUUGUACUUAUACUGGCAUAGGAACAGUAUAAUGGACACUGAAAAGGACACUGUUUUUUCUUACUGUGAAUGUGUAACAUAAUAAAUAGAGAUACUUGUGUGUACAUUUACUUA